GAGCAACUCUCGGAAAGGAACAUGAAAACUAGCCAAUCAGAAUGUUGAUGGGCGGAGCCAGGAGUGUAAAUAGUCCAAAGCUUCCCGGAAGAAGAAAUAAACGAGUCACGGCUCAACGGGUAACGGUAUUGGGCGUACCGGGGAGAGGACCGACAGCAGAAAUAACAAGUAAUCUUGGGCCAGGAAAUGUGGAAUCCAAACGCACCGGGGCAAGCUGGUUACCCACCAAAUGCAGGCUAUCCUCCUUCCAUUAAUCCGGCAUACCCUCCAGGUACAGUGCUUCCUGGGCAGCCUGGACAGCCUGGCUACCCGGUGGGUCAACCUGGAUAUCCUUCUGGGCAGCCUGUCUAUCUGCCUGGUCAGCCUGGAUAUCCUGUGGGACAACCUGGAUACCCUGGGUACCAACCUGGCUGCCCACCAUAUUCUGGCACCUAUCCACCUGGUAUACCAGGGCAACCAAUAAAUCCCAUGAUGCCUGGAUACCCUAUGGAUAAGAAAGCAAGAAAGAAGAUGGAGAAGGCACAGAGGAAAGCUUAUAGACGCAUGCAUGGGAGGAGAAGUUCAUCCUCUUCCUCCAGCGACUAGAAUAAAGAAGUACCGCUUAAUGAAUCUCCUCUGGGUCCAGUCCCAUGCACCAGGCUGUAGCAUGCGUCGAACGUCUUGGAAGAUGAAUUUCAGAGCCUGCUGCAGGUGCAAGGGACUUAAUAUGUCCACCUUAAGGAUGGAUGUAAUCAUUCCUGCACUAUUGUGAAUAUUACUCCGCAAAUGCAACACUAUGCAUUCCUCCUAUCACUUAUAUUAUUUUAACGUAUAUACAACUUAAUUAACCUGCUUCAAGUAAUAAAGUUAUAAUUUACUAUA